CUCAUUUCUCAUUUAUCUGUCUUUGAGAGGGGCUCCGGGUAGGUAGAACUAGAAAGUUGAAGGUAUCAUGAUGAAGCUAAAGUUAAAUCCAUGUGUUCUUCUUUUCUUCUAUGUUUCCCUUAUCACAUUGGCUGGUCACUACUUGGAAGUCAAACAAGGAGAUCAAGAGAUGAAUCUUCCACUUAGUGAUGUAUCAGCCGGGAUUUCUCCUCCGGCAGUAGAUCAUCAUAUGAUGAAUGAGAACAAUUUGAUCAACCCUUUCACAAAUCAUCUCAUGGAGGGAAUAAUAAUGGAUCAAGAAUGUGAAAAUGAUGAUGAAGAAUGCCUGAUGAAGAGAAGGAGUAUUUAUGAGGCCCAUUUGGAUUACAUCUACACUCAACACCACAACCCUUGAUGGUUUCUCAACUCAUCUCAUCAAUAAUGCGAAUCAUUCCUGACAAAUUUGAGCAGUUUACGAGGAGUGGACAGCCAUGCAUUGCAAAGAUUCUGCUUCUUGGUAGCUGAACUAAGGAUCAGUCAUAAAGCAAUUCAUUACUCCGCUCAAUGAAGCAAAAGUUUACAUCUUUCUCUAGA